AUGGCUGAUCAGGAGGAGAAGAGUGUGACGACGAAGGAGGCCAUGGCGACCCCAAAGCCUGAUAAACUUCCUGAGCCCAAGGAGCUUCCCUGUCAGUUCUGCAACAAGAAAUUCCAGACGUCUCAAGCCUUGGGUGGUCAUCAGAAUGCUCACAAGAGGGAGAGGUCUGAAGCAAAGAGGCAGCAGAAGCCAAAUGAUUACUCGGCCCCUGCGCUGAACCCCCGCCCCUUCGUCUUCAACCCAGCUUCCUUCUACCUCAACUCUCAUAAUAUGUCUCUCGGAUCCGCCGGGGUUGCCACUAGGCCCAACGUCCCUCCCAAGAGGCCGAGAGCUCUCGAGGGAGCCCAUGCAGACGAAGAUGUAAACUUCCUCACCUGGCAGAGGAAGUGCGGGCAGAUGGUGGCAAAGGACGGGGAGGCUCCUUUAGAGGGACCAUCUUCAAGGAAGGGAUCAAACAAUACCCCAGGUGUCCUUGAAAUCGAAGACGACGCUCCCGGUUUUCCUUCUGGGGAGCCAAAGCUGGAUCUCACGCUGCAUUUAUAG